GUAUAGCGGAUACUCGACUUGGACUUCGGCCACGGCGCCAUCAGCAUUGCCGAGGUCCUUGAGGCCGAUUUGCCGCUCCGGUGCCCACGCCUUACCCGCCCCGUUCAUCACCAUGUUUCCGUACCGCUUCAUCACUGCCGUCUCUCUAGGCGGCGCCUACAUCUUGUCGUCGGGCCGGAUCCCCCAAUGGCCGGUGCCGGGCUUCCUGGCCGCCUUCAUUGCCCUGUGGGGAAUCCAGUUGUUCGCCUGGGCGGUAUGGGCGGUUCUGCUCUACCCAAAGCUCUUCUCCCCUCUGCGCGGUCUUCCCGAGCCCGCCGGCAACUCUUGGUUUAUGGGCCAAUUCCCCGUGAUACGGGCUCUGCCCUCGGGGACUCCGAUGGCGGAAUGGGCCAAGUCCAUUCCCAACGAUGGCGUGAUUAGAUAUCUCGGCCCGUUCAACCAAGAGAGGCUCUUGAUCACUUCGCCCAAAGCUCUCGCCGAGGUGCUCGUAACCAAGAAUUACGACUUCAUCAAGCCGAGCGUGUUCCGCUUCUCCCUCGGCCGCGUUCUGGGUGUCGGCUUGCUCCUCGCCGAGGGCGACGAGCACAAGAUGCAGCGGAGAAACCUGAUGCCGGCUUUUGCCUUUCGGCACGUCAAGGAAUUGUACCCGGUCUUUUGGGCCAAGGCCCGCCAAGGAGUGCGCGCCAUGACGGAACAGAUACUACAGAACGCUGCGGAGCGACCCGACUUGGAGAAGAACACAGGCGUCGUCGAAGUGGGCGCCUGGGCUUCUCGCAUAACUCUCGACAUCAUCGGGCUCGCCGGCCUGGGCUGCGACUUCGAUUCUAUCGGGAACCCAACGAGUCCGCUCAACGAGGCGUAUACCUGUGUUUUCAGCCCGAGCCGCCAAUCGCGUUUUCUACAGCUGCUUGGCAUCGUCACCCAUCCUAGGAUUGCCAGCUGGCUACCCGUCAAGAGGAACGGGGAGAUCAACGAGGCAGUGCGCAUGAUACGAGCCGAGUGCGAGAGGCUGAUCCGAGAGAAGAAGGAGAAGCACGCUCGCAAGGAGCUGACCGAUCAGGAUAUCCUCUCCGUGGCUAUCGAGUCCGGCGGGUUUAGCGACGAGAACCUCGUCGACCAGCUCAUGACCUUCCUCGCGGCCGGGCACGAGACGACGGCGGCGGCCGUGACGUGGGCUGCGUAUCUGCUCGCCAAGCAUCCCGAGAUGCAAGACCGUCUACGCGCUGAGAUCCGAGAGUACCUACCGUCGCUGUCGAGCGCAGAUGACGACUCGACGAUCUCGAGCUCCGAGAUCGACCGGAUGCCAUACCUCAACGCCGUCUGCAACGAAGUUCUGCGCUACCUCAGCCCCGUGCCCAUGACGCUUCGCGAGGCCGCCUGCGAUACCAGCAUCCAAGGACACUUCGUUCCCAAGGGCACGCGCAUCGUCCUGGCGCCCUGGGCCAUCAACAAGUUGGAGACCCUGUGGGGCGGAAACGCGGGGGAAUUCAACCCGGACCGUUGGAUACCCCAAUCGGACCAUGACAAGCAUGCGGCCAGCGGCGGCGCGACCAGCAACUACGCCUUCAUGACCUUCCUGCAUGGCCCUCGCAGCUGCAUCGGCCAGUCCUUCGCCAAGGGCGAGUUCGCCUGCCUGCUGGCCUGGUGGGUGGGACGGUUCAAGUUCGAGUUGCACAACGAGGAGGAUCGGGACGAGGGAAACAUCAAGAUCGCCAGCGGCGUCACAGCGAGACCCAGAUACGGCAUGUAUCUACGGACGACGGUCCUCGACUGAUGGAUGAUGUACUGGCGGGACGGGCAGUCCAUUAAUGCGUCCCGAGGAAACGUCGAGAGAGCGCUUACUGAGAGGCCGGCCCAAGCGGCAGUUCGGGAGCCGGCGGAGUUGAAUCGGUCUAAUUGAUGCGUAAUAUACGGGUAUGAAACGGAUCACUGUCAACGGAAAUGUAAUUAGACAUCAAUACUCCAGAAAGUCUUGUGUACAU